GGUGAUAAUGAGGUGGGGUAAGACAUGCCCCAUCUGGUCCAGGUGUGUUGUACCUAUUCCCAUUUCUUACAUAUGACAUCUUCUUCCAAGAAACACCUACUUCUCUGCAGCCACGUGAGGAAACUUUUGAACAAUCUCUGAUUUUUGGUUUUAACUUAUUGGACAGUAUUUUUGUUUUCACAGUCUCUCUCUUGAUUGCUGGAUAAUCAAAUAUGUUGUACUUUCAGAGCUGUAUCGUAUGGUGUUUCCUAAUCCCAGCUCUACACAUCUUUGCCACUGCUUUGGAAACCUGCAACACAGCCUGGUUUGAUGAUGGAGAUGUGUCCAGAGAGGGCGACUUCGAGCUCCUCGGUGACCUCAGAAGGAACCACUGGACAAGGAUCUGCUCCAACCCGGUGGACAUGGAGGUUCAAACCAUCUCUGGGAUCAAAUCUCAGCACACCAGGAAUACCUUUCAUAAGUACAGUGCAACAGAGGGCUUUGUGUGCCUCAACUCAGAACAGAAAUGGAGGAAAUGUGAUGACUACAAGGUCAUGUUCACCUGCUCAGGACAGUUUUGCUCAGAGUGCAGGACGCGCUGGUUCGACUCUGACAACUCAACAGGAAAUGGAGACUACGAGGUCCUCAGUGAGCUCCUCAUGAGGUAUCCCAGAGAGAUCUGCCCUCAGCCAAUAGCCAUCGAGGCCCAGACCAUCUCUGGAAACCCAGCCUCCAGCACCUCCGAUUCAUUUUUAAUUUAUGAUGCCACCUAUGGGUUUGCCUGUGUAAAUGCAGAUCAGGGAGGCAGGAGCUGUGAGGACUACAAAGUGAGGUUUACAUGUCCUGCAGCGUUCUGUCAAGUGUCAGAGGAGUGUCGAACAAGGUGGCUGAAUGGUGAUGACCCGUCAGAUGAAGGUGAUGUGGAGUCCAUACCCCAGCUAAUAAAGACGUUUCCUAGCCAUGCCUGUCGAAACCCAAUCGGCAUUGAGGCCAAGACAACAUAUGGAAUAUCUGCAAAAAACACCAGAGACAUUUUCCUCUCAUAUGAUGUUACAUUUGGGUUUGCGUGCAUCAACAAAGAGCAGGAGGCAGGGCGAUGUGAAGAUUACCAAGUGUUGCUGACUUGUCCCUCAGAUUUCUGUCAAGGUUGCAGGACUCGUUGGUUUGACUUCGACAAUCCCACUGGGCGAGGGGACUAUGAGACCCUCCUCCAGCUGGAGAUGGUAUUUCCCAAUGAGGUCUGCUCCCAGCCUGUGGCGAUCGAAGCCAUGACUGUGUCUGGUACUCCUGCGUUAAAGACCGGUGACAUCCUCCAAGUGUAUGAUGCCACUCAUGGGUUUGCCUGUGUGAAUGCUGAGCAGCCUGGCGGAAGACGCUGUCAAGACUACAAGGUCCGCUUCACCUGCCCGCUGUCUUUCUGUUUGGUGCACAAUCAGUGGUCAUGAGGACAGACAUGACACUGCAGGACGCCACAUUACUGUUUGAAGGCAUAUACAUAGUCAUGAUUAUUAAAUAGAUGCUAUAAAAGAUGUUAAAAUAAUCUAAUCACUUGUCACUUGUGACGGUGUGUUGUCCUUCAAAAUGUUGCACUUGUAUAGAGAUAGCUCAACAAUAUUGAUUGUAUUAUUACAGCAUUUAC